AUGUCUUCCAGAUCGAAAGAGGGACAGUCCUCCGGGACUUUCCACCAGGAUUAUAUUGCGUCACUGCGCUAUCGCAAUGACCUGCCUCCGCCGGACAUGCCCCCGAAGUUCCUUGAUAUUCCUCACGCGGGCUUGAGUCGUUUUCUCACCCCAGGUUUCGCGUCAAAUCUGGCGCGCCGUGAGGAGCCGAACAUUGAUGUUGACGCUGAGGGUGGCAUGCCAAUUGACCUUGUCGGUCUUCCGGGUCUGCAUCUGGGCGAUGAGAGUGCUAUCAUGGCCCCCGAGAACCCACAACCCAUCGAUCCUGCUGAUCUGCCGCUUCUGAUGACCAUUGACCAGCUCCGCAACCCAGCGCCGAAGAACGCCAAUGUCAGCUUCCUGCGGCGUACGCAGCAUAUAGCUGUCGAUCGCAGUGCUCUUGAAGGAACCAAGGCUACCACUACAGGGAGCAAAACACAAGCGCGCCCGACGAAAAAAGGCAAGGUGUCGGUGGAUGACCCAAAGCAUAUUAAGAAAUUCAUCCAGAAAGGAUUCGAUAUUGCCUACCCCCAGAGCAAGCACACUGGAGAAGACACAGAGAGCCGCAUUCGAGGUCUCCCUCCAACCAAGGCCGAGACCGACGCCUGGGCCAAGCCAGUGCACCCCGACAACCCCAAGCUGAAACCGGUCGGCUUCUUUCCGGUGCUGCCUGAUCUCCAAGGGUUUCCGGACCCGGGAGGUUAUGUACAAUUCAAGUUUGAUAAAGCACCCGUGGCCGCUCUUUCAGGCAAACGUGAUAAGCGCAUGGAAGUAGCUCUACUCCACCCCUCGGCGCCUGAAGACCGCAUUUGUCAGGACCACGCCUCCAAGGCGGCGCUUCACAAGACCAACCCCCGUCUCUACCCUGACCCAGGCCCCAUUCCCUGGGAUUACGAGCUGUUUUUGCCCGAGAAACCUGAAGGGGCCAAGAACAUCCGCACAAGCAUGAGCAUGACCGACUCAGACCGGGACAACGCAGAUCUCUACACGCACGAGGGAUCAGAAGGCAACAAGUUCCACCGCUACGACCGAGCGCGCACCUACGCCACUAGCGCCCAGACUCUCAGUGCUGACCAGAAGCAACGAGAUAUCGCGCUGACGCUUUUCAAGCCCGCCGAGGGUGAGAGCAAACAGCAAGGCGCUUACUAUUACCCCAUCCUCGGCAAGACUCGUCUCAAGCCGGAGCGUGCUCGGACAAUCGCUCAGGCAGGCUUGGCUCCCACUGCAUCUCAGGCCAAGGAAGACCAGAUCGACCAGAUGCAGGUGGUGGUUCGGGACCCUGACGAGGCUGAAAUCUACAAGCGUUUUUUGCACCGUGCCAACAUCGACCCCAAGUUUGCACAGACUCUUCCUCCGCCACCUGAGCCCACUGCUGAGGAAGAUCAGGGCUCUCCAGAGGCAGAGCAACCGGCCGACAAUGAGGAGCCCGAGAAGGCCGCUUCCCCUGGGGCCGAUGAGGAUACUCGGAUGAGUGACGAGUAG